AUGAACGGUCAGCCUUCUAGGAAAGCUCUUAAGACGAGCUUUCGAGCCUCACCAAGAUCGAUUAGACCUAUAUACACUGGGGGUCCUGUAGUACUGACCAAAGAUGGGCAAUGGUUAAUCACCACCAUGGGAGAAGAGGUGUUAGUGACGGAGGUGAAGACUGGUCUUGCUAUUGCCAAAGUGCGAGGUGAUUCGACGCCUAUAACAUCCCUAGCUCUUUCAUAUCAUACAGAACCACCUACUUUGAUAACAGCUCAUUCCUCAAUGACACUCCGAUAUUAUCCUCUCCCAUCUUCUGCACCCAUCUCAUCUACUCCUAAGCCCCCUUUACUCACCUACACUCGAGCUCUGUCCAAAGCCCAUUCUGCUCCUAUACUGGUCUCAGCAGUAUCUCCCGACUCUACACUGCUCGCUACAGGUUCGUCCGACGGUAUCGUGAAAGUAUGGGAUAUGGAAGGAGGAUAUGUGACUCAUCUGUUCAGAGGACAUGGUGGACCUGUAUCGGCCUUGCACUUCAACUUCCCAGUCAUCGAGGGAGAAGAAAGACGUAGGAUGGAGCUGAUGACCGGAUCGACCGAUGCUAGAGUGAGAAUAUUCGAUUUGAGAGAUGCCAGCGCUCGUGUGGUCGGAGGUGGGAAUGCUGUGAAGCCCAAAGCUGUAUUAGAAGGUCAUGUCAGUGUGGUGCGGGGGAUAGACACGACUCCAGAUGGGAAGUGGGCAAUCACAGGAGGAAGAGAUAAAGUGGUAUUGGUGUGGGAUAUGCUGUCUGGAGAAAGCGUUGGACAGUCAAGCAAGAAAGCCGGAAAGGGUAAAGCCACUUCUACGGGUGUACCAAAGAUCGUUCAGACUAUAAUCGCUCAAGAACAGAUUGAAUCGCUUGGACUACUACCUACAGAAGAGAACGUCUCGGGGUCCUCACAGGGGAGAUUACUGUGUUAUACUGGAGGAGAUGCGGGUGCAGUAAAGAUAUGGGAUGUACUGAAGGGCAAAGAAACAGGCGCGAUGAAGGGUGUAGAAGGGGUCGAUGAGGCGGAGGUAGACGAGGAUGAGCAAAGAGGGGUUCUGAAUGUAAUAUACGACUCCACCACUUCAUCUUUGGUUUCCAUACAUGCCGACCAGAAUAUCAUUUUCCACUCAUUAUCCUCUUUACAGGCUGUUCGUCAGAUUGUCGGUUACAACGACGAAAUAGUUGAUACUAUCUUUCUCAAUUCAUCUCCUUCGUCUUCUUCCUCAUCAUCUCACACACACCUUGCCUUGGCCACCAACUCGAACCUUAUCCGUCUUUACUCUACAUCAACUUUCGACGUCCGACUGCUUUCAGGUCAUAAAGAUAUGGUGCUAUGUUUAGACAAAACGGCAGAUCAUCGAUGGCUUGUCAGCGGAAGUAAAGAUCGUACUGCUCGAGUAUGGGCACCUACGCCAGACGGAAAGCGCUGGAAGUGUAUUGCGAUCUGUGAAGGACAUGCGGAGAGUAUAGGUGCAGUGGCGAUCUCGAGGAAGAUGGAUGAUAAGGGUAAAUCGGGGAGAUUCUUAUUUACAGCAAGUCAGGAUAGGACGAUCAAGAUGUGGGAUCUCACCUCAUUACCUCUGGAUUCGUCUGAAUUACCUGAUGAACCAAUUAAACCGCGUUCGAUGGCUACUCUCAAAGUACAUGAGAAGGACAUCAACUCCUUGGAUCUAUCACCAAAUGAUAAAUUUUUGGCGUCGGGUUCACAGGACAAGCUGGUGAAGAUCUUCCAUGUCGAUUUCGAUGCUUCAUCAGGAUCUGCUGCAGGGUCACUUAAACCCGCUGGUACAUGUAAGGGACACAGAAGAGGUGUGUGGUCAGUCAAAUUCAGUAAGACCGAUCGAGUAGUUGCCAGUGCUGCCAACGAUAAGACUGUAAGAUUGUGGAGUUUAGACGAUUUCUCUUGUCUCAAGACUUUCGAAGGACAUACCAACGCUGUUUUGCGAGUGGAUUUCCUGAGUCAUGGUAUGCAGCUCAUCACAUCUGCUCGAGAUGGAUUAGUCAAAUUGUGGAAUAUCAAAGAUGAGGAGUGUGUGAAAACGCUUGAUAACCAUGAAGAUCAGGUAUGGGCUCUAGCCAUAUCAAGUGACGAGAAGACCAUCGUUUCUGCUGGAUCCGACUCCGUCGCUACAUUCUGGGAAGAUUCGACCGAGGUCGAGCAGGCCGAGAAGAACGAUGCGUUGGUCAAAGCCGUGCAGAGUGAACAAGAUUUCACCAAUUACAUUGUGCUUAAAGAUUAUCGACGAGCUAUCUUACUGGCGUUAUCAAUGUCUCAACCUGGAAGACUGUUGAAUCUCUUCAGAACGAUCAUCACUUCGCCCGAACCUGCCGAAGGAAGUAUAAUAGGUUCUUUGGAAGUUGACGAGGUGAUCCGUACUUUACACGGUAUAGACCUCGUCAGGUUGCUCAAAUUCGUUAGGGAUUGGAAUGCCAAUGCCAAAACUUCACCUUUCGCUCAAACAAUCUUAUAUGCGAUUUUCAAAUUACGUUCUCCAGAAGAAAUACUGCAAGCUUUCAACUCUUCGACCAAAUUACCUUCUCAGCCCGAAGACGAUGAAGACAUCGAGGAAGAAGGGGAAGGUGAAACAAAGAAAAAGGUAUCAUUGACAAAGGAUCAGAAAUUGGCAUUACCAAUAAGUAUACAAGAGCUUUUAGAUGGUCUGAUACCUUAUUCGGAAAGGCAUUUCUCAAGGGUUGAUAAGUUGGUGCAAGAUAGUUAUAUGCUGGAUUAUGUUUUGGGUGAGAUGGAUGGUGGUAUCUUCGGAGGUGAGAUCAUGGAUGUGGAUGGUGUGUAG